UUGAAUAGCAAGAAGCCUAUGGAGUUCCUGCUGCUACAGAAGGUUCAAUCUUCCCUUUGCUUUCAGAUGUAACUCUCCAGCCAAGACUGGAACAUUCAGUCUGGUUCAUCAAAACAGACAUUCUCUGGACCCAUUCAAGUAGGAAGAAAGUUCUAUGGCCUUUCUGAAGACUAGAUUAGGAGUAACCUGCACUGUAGACAGCUUUAUUCUGAGGCAUUCAGGAAAGACACACAGGGACUUUGGAUUCCUUACAGAUCUCUUAACAUCUUUACUUUUAGUGAGAAAUGAGAAAGUUCUGUCUGUGGGAUGUAGAAGGCACCAUGGCAAUAAAGUCAAGUGGGUAACUGGGCAGCUGUGCAUAUGUCCUUUGAGUGCAGGGAAAGUUGGUGCCAAGAUGUGCAUGGAGGAGUCGGAUUACUGUGCUGGCUGAAGAGACAGAGAAGUACAUUAAGUUGUUCAGAUUCUGGCAGACCCUGAACAGCCUUUCUUUGCACUCUUAAAACCAAGGUGGGCUAACACUUUUGGAGUGGUGUCUGACUCUGAAAAACAAACAAGAGGAGAUCCAGAAGGCAUUAUUACAGGAGAAUUACAGAGGAAUAAAGGUGGAUAUAUUUUUGGCUAGAUUGUUACAUUUCUGAAAUCAAUUAUCCAAACUGCUAACUCACCUGACCCAUUCUUCCCCAAGACAUUAGUUGGAAUAAAACAUAGAAAAGUUUCUUGAUAGUGUUUUCUGGGAUCUUGGCAAGCAGCCAGCAAAAUAUGGUGUAAACAGCUAUAAGUAUGGAUACUCUGAUGGCUGCAGGAAGAAUGACUUUGACCUGCAGUCUUCAAAGUAAGGGAAGUGCUGUAAAUUAAUUAUUCUUACAUUUUGGUGUUUUUUGGUAAAUUUGUGUAAGACCUAAUUGGUAAAUUUGUAUAAAUCCCAGUAAGAAAACUACUUUACAUCAUCCUCAGAACUAUAAUCCUUCAAUUUGUAUAUACUGGUGGGUCUACACAGAAUUAAUCUCUUGUUUUUGAGAGGCGGAAAUAGAUACAGCAAAAAAAUAGAUACAGACAAAGCAAUUGAAGACUGAGUAAUGCCACUUUUUUUCAGGCUACAGUCCCUUAAAAGUGAUUUAUAUUAGUCAGUUAAUACACAGACUAGGUGGCAAGCAUCUCUUGAUAGGUGGAAGCACAAAACAUUCUCCUUGCUUGGGUGCCCAUCAUGAUAGCAUUUUGACUACUAAGAAAGUUAUGUCCUUUAGCUUGCACCUACAAGUUCUCACAAGGCCAACUAGAGAUAAAGUCCGGGGGCAGUGUGUGGCUCAGAGACUGCUCCUGAUGUUGCCUUUGCUUGUGCCAGAGCCCUUUAAAGCUAGACUGGUUGCAGCAGACAUGUUUCAUCAGCUAUUGCUGUGGAGAGAUGUGUAGUCAGAAGUGUGCAAACAAUUCUAACUUCCUGUCCCACUGUGUACUUCUAAAGAUAUUUUUUUUCAGAACUCAGUUCAACCAUCUGCCUUUCCUUCCAUUUCUUUCCCAUGGCAAAAGGGGUGUGAAAUUGUGUGAAAUGGGAAAACUGAUUUUAGCUUUCACUGCUGUUCAAAGCUGAGUCUGGGCCUCCACACCACUUCUUCUACUCUCAUGGCAUCAAAGACCUGGCAAAUUGCAGCAAGGGAGGGUGACAGAUGCUGCAGAUCAAGUCUUUUCCUCCAAUUUAAUAGGCCUGAAAUAACAGCUAUUAACCUUCCUAAAAGACCCAGAGUAAAGCAGGAACAAAACUGCCUUCAUAUUGAUCAAAUUCUUUUCUGCCAUGUUUCAAAUGAUGAGGGUUCUGGAAGAAAAGAAUUUGCAUCCACUGCAAACACUGAAGACCUGCAACCAGUUUCCAGAAUGUGACACACAGGCAGUUGCCAGCCUGAUCAAUUCAAUUCAGUUUAAUAUCACACAAAGUAUUUCAGGACUACAGGGCAUUCUCAGUGGAAAACACUCAGCAGUCACAACUAAUUGAUAUUUCCAGAAAUAUAGCAGUUAAAUCAUUUAGUGUUCUUUUUCAGUUUAUGUUCUCGUGCCCACAGCUCUGACAACAAGACAGUUUGGCACUCUGUAUUCAUUUGGGUUGAAUACAGCAGCUCAGCUUUCAGGUGAAAACAUGUUAACAAUUGCAGAGCACUCAUUUUAUGCUUCAUCUUAUAUUUUCAUCUGAGAACUCAGCCAUCCUCUAUAGUGGAAGCAGUAUUCCUGAUUAAACCCUUGUGGGCUGCAGGUCCACCUUUCUAAGGACAAGAACAUGAAAGAUAUCUAGCUUGGUUGAAGGCAUAUGUACAAGCUUAUCUUACUGGAACAGACAAAGCCUGUUUUCACUGUCUGUGGUAUCUAUUUUUCUGUUUAUGUGGGACUAUUCAAUUUUUCUUCUGUAAUUUGCAGGCAUACAAAAGCAGUCAAUGCAAAAACUUGCUAUUUCAAGGCAUAGCCUAUUUAUGAAGAAUGGCAUUGAGUGACCUCCUUUACCCAGAUAAUCCCAAGAGAAAGCAAGAACUGAUCCAUCUGCAUCAGGAAUUGCUUGACUGUAUGUCCACAAAUUUCCAUGCAACAAACGAGCUGGUUGGAGUGCUGAAUGAACACUUGGGCUGUGCUAUUACCCCCAUUGAGAUGCGAGAGAGCGGUACAGUCAAGGAAAACUGUGAGAUUAUCAUUCAAGUGAUGAGUGAGAUUCAGCAUCAGGUGCAGAAGAUUGAUAGUGACAUGAAGGAAAAGCUUGAGCCAGUGCUGUACCAGAAGCUAUAUGACAUCAAAGAGCCUGAGCUGGAGAAAAUUGCAAUAGCCCAGAGAGUUUUUUCCAUUAUUUUUGGAGAAGCAACUUCAACAGCUGCAAUGGUAGCAAUCAAACUUCUUGGUUCCAAUCAUUUAACUCUCACUGUGAGCAAGCUCAUCGGUCUCCUUGCUCAGAUUGGGGCAUCUGUUCUUGGGGGAGUUAGUAUUACCAUCAUUGGGCUUGGCCUUGAAAUGAUUCUCCAUGCCAUCCUGGGAGCUGUGGAGAGGAGUCAGCUUCUGACAGCUGUGAGAAGCUACGAGAAGCACCUGGCUGAGUUUAAAGCAGCCUCAGAAAAGUACCAGCGUGCCAUACAUGAGGUAACUUCUUUGGUGAGACAGCAAGUUCAGUAAAUAAAGCUGGAGUUCUCUCUUCUGCUGUGACAGCAGCUGCAGCAGCUAUGCCUGCAGAAACCUUUUUGAUUCAUUAUGACAAAUGAACUACUGAUGGCUUUUUAUUUUCUUAUUUCUGGCAGCAGAACAGUAACAAUAACAAUUCAGGAAACUGGCACUGAAAUAUAUUAAUAGAGAAUUGUUUUACAGGUGUUUUGGGGGGGGCAAUAUUUCAAAUACUUGGCACCUUAAGCUUAUUUUCUGGGAAGCAUUGUAGGUAACUUUGAACUGUAAUUCAUGUUAGAGACAGUAAUACAGACUGCUGGACUGGUAGUGGUGAGGAGGUGUGUUUCUAUAUCAAAUAUGACAACACAAUGAGAGAAAACAAUUUCAACAAGGCAAUUCAUGACAGCAUCUGGAGGCUUAAUGAAGACAUCCGUGUUUGCUAAACUCUUAGUAUGGAUUAGUGCUAAAUCUGAUAGACUGAAUUCCCUGUUCAUUACAAGGACUAGCUGAAGCAUAUUUAACUGCUAUUUUCUGCCCUCCUAAGGAGCCAGCCAGAGAUCUUCUUUAAAUAAACUCUAAUCCCAGUAGAUUGGCAGGUAAAAGAAGCCUGGGCCUACAUGCAAACACACACAACCUUGCUCCACAACUGAGAGAAACCAGCUGCUGUGUUCCUGGUGUGCCUGGCCAUGAAUAACUUUUUAUGCUUUUAAUGUUCUGCUCUUGCCAACCCACAUGUAAAAACUUCUGUGCAAAGUUGCUGUUUUGUUGAUCAAAGUGGGAUUAUACACAAGUGCCUGCAAGAUUGCAGCCCUGUUGUACUAAAUUGAUUUUCAAGUGCUUUACUUAAUCCCACCAAUGUGGGACUGCCAAGAAUGCUCAGAUUCUGCAUUUCACAAUAUGAUACCAAUUGUCCUUAUUUUUCAGAUUUUAAAAUCAAAGCUGCAGGCAAGAUCAUUAUUGUAGUGUCUUGCUCUGAUUUGCUGUGGAUUGUUUUUGCUUGAUCUUAGAAAAAAGGUAAUUUCAGAAUUAAUAAAAAUGUACAUGAGUAUUGCAACC